GGAGCAGCCACACCUGCCUGAAGUUUUGAGUAAGAGGGGGUGGAAACUGCACCAGCACCGCCCUCUCGCAGGCCCUGAGGGCCCCUGCGGUCUGCCGGUCACAGUGGGUCCCACAACUUCCUCACUUCCCUAAAUGGGCAACUUCAUAUUUAGAACCCCAGGUCUUCCCUGGCAGCCCCAAGUGGUACGUCCAGCAUAGGCCUGGGGCCCUGACCUCGGAUCCCUGCCCCCUGCUGGACUUGUGCCCGUCCCCACUGCUCGGAGCCAUGGCUCCCGCCUUGCUGCUGCUGCUGUGGCUCCAGGGCCCUGUCGCAGGUGCCCCUGUCGAGAGCGUGUACUCCAAAGUGCGGCACUUUGAAGGGGAGACUCUGUCUGUGCAGUGCUCCUACAAGAGCCGCAAAAACCACACAGAGGGUAAGGUUUGGUGCAAAAUCAGGAGGAAGAAGUGCGAGACUGUGUUCACCCGUGUUGGGGUGCAGGGGCCGCGCUAUUUGCUGCAGGACGAUACCCAGGCCAAGGUGGUCAGUAUCACCAUGGCGGCCCUGAGGCGCCAGGACUCGGGCCGGUACUGGUGCAUGCGCAACAGCUCUGGCGUCCUCUACCCUCUGAUGGGCUUCCUGCUGGAAGUGUCUCCAGCCUCCACAACCAAGAGAAACACUCCUCUUACGAAGCUGCCCACCAUCCUCCAGAGUGGAACUGUCGUCACAGCAGGCCCAGCCCUCACCUCAGGCCCUGAUGCCCCUUUCACCACCAGCACGACGGUGUUCACACCUGGACUUCUCACCUUGGCUAGACUCUUGCCCUUCCCUGCCUCAGGGAGCAUCAGACUGACCUCUGUGACGGGCUACGGCUUCACUGGCACCAGCCCCUCCACCACGGGGCCCAGUAGGACCAUGGGGUCCCAGACAGUGACUGCGUCUCCCAGCAAUGCCGGAGCCUCCGCUGCUGGUCCAGCCUCCACCCCCACUAAGGCUGGGCACCUGUGCACCAUGGGAUCGCCCACCACGGGAAUGUGCCCCACUGGCAGGUCUCUCCUCAACCUAUUAUCCCCCAGCAGGCACCAGGACUUCUAUCCUGCUGUGCUCGUGGCGGUGCUGGCCUUGCUCCCAGUGCCUGUGAUGCUGAUCGUGGUCUAUGGGUUCUGGAAGAAGAGACACAUGGGAAGCUACAGCAUGUGCCGUGAUCCUGCCAGAUCCUGGAGGGACCCAUCCACAAGACCAGAGCCUCCGUGGAAGCCUGCUUGGUCUGAAGCCACUUAACUGUAUGAUGGGGGGGAGCUUCUCCCAGAGGGGUCCCGGGAGACCAGAGGAGGAGUGAAGAUGGGGACCUGUCUGGAUUGGAGCCAGGCUGGGGAUGAGGACUGUGCAAUGCUGGACUCAGGCCUUCCCAGAACCGGAGGCUGCACUGCAUCCUCUCAGUUCCCCUGGGCUGCCCGGAACCUGGCGGGGGACAGGGGGCAGAGCAGGGGGCACCAGGUGGGAAGUCCCUGGGGGUAGGGGGGGAGCCACUGAGGUGAUUCUGCUGAGAGCCACAGACUCCUGGGCCCUGGCUGGAUGGCAGAGAAGCCCCAGGUGUGCUGUUUGCAGACAGAGACCUCAGCUCCCAUCGGCCUUGGAACCUCUUACUAUCUAGCUGAUGGGGGGAGGGGUGGACAGCUAGGGCUGCCCUCUCCCCACCCGGGGCUCUGUCCUCAGUUUCCCUCUGCUCUUUUCAAGCGUCCCUAUGCCCUUGGGGGAAGAAAGAGUCCAGAAACAGCCCGUGUCCCAAGGGUCCCACCCUGGAAGAGAAGAAGGAACAGUGACUAAGAGUUGGGGGUCACCAAAGGUGUUGGGGAUCCCAGAGCUGUCCAAGCCCCCCACCCCCUGGGCCAAGUGUCCUCUACGGGGCCUCUGGAUGGGCCCUGAUCUGACUGUGGCUGCUUGUCCAUCGAGUCCUGGGAGCCAGCAGAGCCCCCACUCCCGCUGCUGCUGCCUGCUGGCCGGCCCCUCCAGGGAAAGCUGUGACCGCGCAGCUGAGAACCCCUCACCCGCAGGACCAGCCUGUCCCUCGACUUGCAUGCAGAGGCUGAUCAGGGCUCUCUCCCCCAGUUCCCACACCCAGGCUCCGGGUCUGGGCUCCUGAAGAGAACAGGGGGCCCUUGAGAGUCCACUGGAGGGGAGGCCAUGGCUCAGAGAAGGGGGGGUCACCUUCCCUCUGGGGACUCAUUGUCUCCUGAGAAGAGAGGACCCACUGGUGACACAGCAAAGAUAACUCAGAGCUGACCAGAGCCUGGAGGACUGCCUGGGCUGGGAGGGGCAGGGAGGAUGGAGCUAAGGAGCCUGGGCCAGGGGCCCAAUGGCCGGGGGCGUCUGCCCCUGCCUCACUGGCUCGUGCCUCAGAGUUGGCUUCUUCUGCGGCGAAGGCUGAAGAAUAUGGACUGCGUUCCUCCCCUAGGGAGGGGUAUCCCCCAGCCUGGAGCCACUGGAAUGAGAGACUGCGGGGAGAUGUGGCCUGUCCACCCUCGGCCUUGGGACACAGCCCUCCCAGGUGGGAGAUCAAAUGUCAUAGUCAGGGGAGUGACACAGCUGGGGCCUUGGUGGGCAGCCAGCCUGCAGGUGCCACUCCAGGAUGGAAGUGGGGAGGGAGGAAGGGGCAGGGGGCAAUCCUGGGGGACAGCAGGGAGGCAGCCCCUCUUUCCUAUGUCCAGGAGAAGGCACUAGAGGGGAGACUCAGACUGAGGAACUGACAGACCUGGUGCCAGGAGAGAGACACACACACAGACACACACACACAGACACACACACACACACACACACACACACACACAGACACACACACACACACACACACACACACACACACACACACACACACACGGUGAUAGCCGUCCUCCUGAUCCUGGUGUGUAACUAGGACGGUGUUGAUUCUCCACCCUAAAACCACACGCUGACAGCCCUGCGCCGGCUGAGAGCGGGAUGUUGGUGGGUGCAGAGGCUCAGGACCGGGACCCAGGGAUGCCACCUGUCACUGUGGGACCCUGUGCAAGUCACUAACCGUAUUGGGCCUCAUUUUUCCUCUCUUGUGAAAGGGGACACUAAUUCCUACCUCUCAAGACUGUUUUCAGGAUAAAAUGAAUUAACACGAACCUCAUACACUGAGUAAAAGCCUCAUGCUGCUUGGUCCUCCAGUUCUUUUCCAGGUCUGAUGCUUGUCACAUUCUACUUUUAAAACCAUCGGAUCCUAUUUCUCUGUUUUGUACUUGACGGGAAGGGGCUAGGGAGGGUGUAGGGGGACAUGGUCUGGGCCCAGGCAGAGGCCUCUGUUACCUGAUGUCAUGCUGGGUAGCUGUUAGGUGGACCGACUAUCCUUAUCUGCCCAGGAUGAGGGGCUCCUGGAACCGGGCACACCUCCCACCCGUGAAGCCUGCUCCCAGGUGAAUCCAUGGUAAGGAAGGACACAGGGUGCUGAGAAGGAGGUGCAGACUCCGUACCCAGCUUCCUAGCUCUUAUGGGCCAGGGUGGCCUCUUUGGACCUCCAGGCUCCAGGACAUUUUACUCAAACCCUGGCCCCUUACAUGCUCCUUCUGUUUGCCCUUCUCCCCGGAGCUCCAGGGGUAUCCAGACCCCCAGCAGAUCCAGGGCGGGCAGGUGCAGGGCAGGGGCGGGUGUCAGGCCAGAGCUGCUAUUGCCUUUGGUGGACGAGACGAGGAGUCUUCCUGAGCAAUGGACUGAGACUACGGGACAUACCUGCGAAGGGCUUCCUGUUGUGGCCAAGGGAAGGAACAAAUACAGGAAGCCCAGCACCCAUGGGAUGUUCACUCUGUGAGCCCUGAUCUGAUCCCACAGGACACAUGUGUUCUUGCUGUGAGGCCAGCAGGCAAGCCUGAGGUUCACAGUCCCAA